ACUAGUACGUAUAGGUGGCAACCCGUCAUAGAUAUCCAUGGCCCCCUCAAGCAAGCCUCACGUUUCCCACAAUGAGAACGGGGAGGCACCGAAACCACAAGAUGUGGACGCCCUCAACAUAGUACGAGUCCCGUUGACGGAUGAAGACAGCAAGCGCAUCCGACGGAAAACAGACAAACACAUCCUCAUCAUCCUGAUGUGGGUGUACUUCUUGCAAAUCCUCGACAAAUCCGUUUUAGGAUACGGUGCGACCUUUGGCUUGAAAGAGACUACACAUCUGACCGGCGACCAAUAUUCACUGGUCGGAUCUAUUGCGCCCAUAGCUCAACUCGCCUGGCAGCCCUUCUCGUCGUUUUUGAUUGUCAAAGUCCCCCAUCGCAUUUUAAUGCCCAUUCUGGUAUUUGGGUGGGGCGUUGCCCAGGCAUGCAUGGCCGCAUGCCACAGUUUUGGAGGCUUGAUGGCAGCCCGGUUCUUCCUGGGAUUGUUCGAGGCUGGUUGUUUGCCUCUAUUCAGUAUCAUUACGAGCCAGUGGUAUCGCCGCGCUGAACAGCCCCUUCGCGUUGCAGCCUGGUAUAGCACCAACGGGUUGGCCACCGUGGUGGCAGCCGCUCUGUCAUAUGGGCUGGGGCAUAUCAAGUCCAGCGUGCUGGUUGAGUGGCAGAUUAUUUUCCUUUUUGUCGGGUUGGUGACUAUAAUCUCGUCCCCGGUGAUAUAUUUUUUCCUCGACAACGACAUCCCGUCCGCACGUUUCCUCAACGACCAAGAAAAAUUACAGGCCAUGGAGCGGUUACGUGCCAACCAGACUGGGGCUGGAAAUCGUGAAUUCAAGAUGUAUCAGGUCCUCGAGGCUGGUCUUGAACUCAAGACCUACCUGUGGAUUGGCAUCGCGCUUCUCCUAAACAUCGGGGCAAGUGUCACUAACGUCUUCGGCCCAUUGAUCCUCAGUGGGCUCGGGUUUGACAAAUUCAGGACCACCCUGCUCAACAUGCCCUUUGGAGCGGUGCAGUUUGUUAUCAUCCUGCUAGCAAGUCUUCUGGCCCAAAGAGCCCGCAUGAAGGCUGUCAUCUUGUCUCUAUUCCUCCUGCCCGUGAUCGCCGGUUUAGCCAUUCUCUACGCGGUCCCACGCGACCACUCUGUGCAAAGUACCCUUAUGGCUGGAUAUUACCUGCUCGCCUUUCUUUUUGGAGGAAACCCUCUCAUCGUUACUUGGAUUGUGGGAAAUACAGCGGGCACGACCAAGAAAAGUACCGUAAUGGCGCUUUACAGUGCGGCAUCCGCAGCAGGAAACAUCAUCGGACCCUUGUUAUUCAACGCAAAAUAUGCCCCCGCAUACUUGCCAGGGUUACGAGCGUGUCUGGCAAUCUUUGUUGCUCUGGUCGCCGUCGUUCUCAUUCAGUGGGCAAAUCUAUUUGUUUUGAAUAAGCUGCAGGAACGGCGACGCGUUGCAAAUGGCAAGCCUGCCAAAUUGGUCGACCAAUCUAUGCAAGACCGGUUUCCCCAACCCGAUGAAGACACGGCUGUCGAGGAUGGCGAAGCUGAGCUGCAAAUGGGGAGUAAUGCCUUUAUGGAUCUCACCGACCGGGAAAAUGAUGAGUUUAUGUACAUUUACUAGGCAUUUUUAUGCCCUUCUCUUCCGAACUAGCGAUAUUGCAAUGUUUUGUCAAUGAUACCAUGUGAAUAAAACGAUACAGAACAGCGUAGACCCAGCAUGUAACUUGCGCCCCGAAGAGCAUCCUAACGGCCAGCUAAUGUAUAUAUUUUGAACUGCGG